UUGGAGAAGGGGGGAAGUGUCAGUGUGGGUGCGGUGUGUCAGGGUCCAGGCUGCUGUCAACGAGGAAGUGUCACAGCACGUACACAAUACUGUGUUUCUCUUUUAGAAACCAUUUUUACUAUUUUUAUUCGCACCGUUUGGUGGUUUUUGGAGUGACAGAGCAAAAAUGGCCACGGUGGACUUGGAGAAGCUGAAGAUGACGGGAGCCGGGAAAGCCUUAGCGGUUCUGACCAGCGGCGGAGAUGCACAAGGGAUGAAUGCAGCUGUCCGUGCUGUGGCACGGAUGGGCAUUUAUGUGGGAGCCAAGGUCUAUCUUAUUAACGAGGGAUACCAGGGCCUGGUGGAUGGGGGAGAGAACAUCAAACUGGCCCACUGGCACAGUGUGACCAACAUCAUCCAACUGGGUGGAACCGUGAUUGGUAGCGCACGAUGCAAAGUCUUCACGACGCGAGAGGGAAGACUUGCAGCAGCCUUCAACCUGGUAAAAAAAGGCAUCACCAACCUGUGUGUUUGCGGUGGAGACGGCAGCCUCACCGGAGCCAACAUCUUCCGCAAUGAGUGGAGCGGUUUGUUGGAGGAGCUCGUAGCGAAAGGACGCAUCACAGACGUUAUGGCCAAGGAGCACGACCACUUGAACAUUGUGGGGCUCGUGGGCUCCAUUGACAACGACUUCUGUGGCACUGACAUGACCAUCGGGGCGGACUCUGCGCUGCACCGCAUCAUGGAGAUAGUGGAUGCCAUCAUGACCACCGCACAGAGCCACCAGCGCACUUUUGUGAUGGAAGUCAUGGGUCGACACUGUGGGUAUCUAGCCUUGGUGUCAGCUUUGGCGUCUGGGGCAGACUGGCUCUUUAUUCCAGAGGCUCCUCCUCAUGAAGGCUGGGAGGACCAAAUGUGUACCCGUCUGGAGAAUAGCCGUUUAAAGGGAUCAAGGCUCAACAUUAUAAUCAUCGCAGAAGGAGCCAUCGACAGACAAGGAAACCCCAUCUCAGCGACAUAUGUGAAAGAUCUGGUGGUGAAUCGACUGGGUUAUGACACCAGACUGACCGUACUCGGCCAUGUUCAGCGAGGUGGAACUCCCUCAGCGUUUGACAGAAUUCUGAGCACCAAGCAGGGUGUGGAGGCAGUGGUUGCCUUAUUAGAGGCCUCUCCUGACACGCCGGCCUGUGUCAUUGGCCUGUCGGGUAACCAUGCUGUUCGUCUUCCUCUAAUGGAAUGUGUGGAGAUGACAAAGCUGGUACAGAAGGCCAUGAAUGAGAAGAGGUUUGAAGAAGCUGUGAAACUGCGCGGAGGGAGUUUUGAGAACAAUUGGAACAUCUACAAACUUCUUGCCUUCCAAAAACCUGCCCAGUUGAAGAGCAAUUUCACUUUGGCUAUCAUGAAUGUGGGUGCUCCUGCUCCAGGGAUGAAUUCGGCAGUGAGAUCAGCUGUAAGAUUAGCGCUGGCCCAUGGACACAGGGUCUAUGGGGUCCAAGAUGGAUUUCAAGGACUUGCCAAUGAAUCACUUUUUGAGAUGGAAUGGCACAAAGUGGCGGGAUGGACAGGCCAAGGUGGCUCCCUGCUAGGAACCAAAAGGACUCUUCCAGACAAGCACAUGGAGAAGAUUGUGGCAACCAUUACCAAGUUUAACAUCUCAGCUCUGCUUGUAAUCGGAGGGUUUGAGGGCUACAAAGGUGUGCUGCAGCUGUAUGAAGCUCAGAAUCUCUAUGAGAAGCUCUGCAUCCCCAUGUGUGUGAUCCCUGCCACCAUCAGCAACAAUGUGCCCGGACCUGACUUCAGCCUGGGAGCAGACACUGCAGUCAACGCUGCCAUGGAGGGCUGUGACAAGAUCAAGCAGUCUGCCAGUGGGACCAAGAGAAGAGUGUUUGUGGUGGAGACCAUGGGUGGAUACUGUGGCUAUCUCGCAACCUCGACGGCCAUAGCUGUGGGUGCUGAUGCAGCCUACAUCUUUGAGGACCCCUUCAAUAUCCACGACCUGAAGACCAAUGUGGAACAUUUAGCUGAAAAGAUGAAGAAGGAUGUCCAGCGGGGCCUAGUACUGAGGAAUGAGAAAUGCCAUGAAAACUACACCACAGACUUCAUUCAUAGGCUGUAUUCAGCUGAGGGGAAGGGCAUCUUCGACUGCAGAGUCAAUGUGUUGGGACACCUUCAGCAGGGAGGGGCACCUUCUCCGUUUGACAGGAAUUAUGGUACAAAGUUGGGUGUGAGGGCAAUCCAGUGGAUUUCAGCGAAACUGAAAGAAAACUUCAAAGAAGGCCGAGUGUUCACCAACUCACCAGAUACAGCCUGUGUGCUCAGCCUCAAAAGGAAGGUCAUCUCAUUCGUCCCUAUUGCUGAACUGAAGGCCGUGACUGAUUUCGAGCACCGGAUGCCCAAGGUCCAGUGGUGGUUCAGUCUGCGACCCAUGCUCAAAAUGUUGGCCAAGUACCAAACCAGCUUCUGUGAAUAUGUCCCAGGAGAGAUCGAACAUGUGACUCGACGCUCCAUCAGCAUCGAUGCUGGCUUCUAAUCUCUGUAGGUCUACUGUAUACUCUGCACUUUUUAGUCUGUAUCCUGCAGUUUUUUUUCACCUCUCAAGAGUUUCCAAUCUUCUACCAUGUAUAUUCACAGGACUGAACACUUUAAAAGCAUGUAUUGAUCUCAGCCUGUUGUCAGUACCAUUGUGGCUAUAGUUGUAAAUAAUAUAAAAGUAUACUUCUUCAGGUAUUCUUUGGUGCUUGCAAUACAGGUCUUUUUCUUUGUACUAAAUAAGCCUUUGGAAAGUCAAAUCGCUGCAUUAAAAAAUAUGUGUAACUAAGUUAGUUCAAAGAUAACUUAACAAAAAUAUGAUCGCAGAAUUACCUUUUUCAAACAAAGUCUGUAGUAAGUGAGACUUGGAAGUUUUCAUUGAAGAUAUUUCAUCUAUAAAUUAACUUUUUGUGACCACAGGCAUUCCAUCCAUUUUCACUAGUUGGACACAAUUAGAGUGUCCAAUUAACCUUAUCCCCAUAUUGCAUGUUUUUGGACUGUGGGAGGAAACCGGAGAACCCGGAGAAAACCCACGCACACACAAGGAGAGCAUGCAAACUCCAUGCAGGGGACCAGGUCGCAAACCCAGGUAACCCAUGAAAUGUUAACACUCUGAUGAUCAUUGUUAACAACCUGAAGCUCUCCAACAACUGUAAUUGACUCUCAAAUGGCUAUCACACCUUGGAGCAGCCCAGCAGCUUAGAGUGAGCAAUGCCCACUUUUCACAGAGGUUACAUUUCCUGUGUUUCACCACAAACCUUCAGAACUGACGAAGCCUCUUGGAUGAGGUUUAAAGUCUACAAGAAAAACUUCAAGUCCAGUUGCUUCCAACUCAAUGGCUCCCUUUACACUUGCCUGUUUUGGAUAACGAUUACCUGGAUAAUGAGAAUCUACAUAGACAUACUUUUUUGUACUACUAAUACAAAUUGAUGUUCAUUUUUUUCUUAAUGUACAGUAGUUUGUAUGGUGGUACAAAAGGAUCCAUCUUUUUUUGUUGCCAGCUCUUUGGACAAAUUCUAUCAGACACUGAAGGCAUCUUUAUGCUGCAUACUGUAUUUAAUUUACUGUAUACUGUAUUUAAACAUCUAUGGGAUGCUGUGGAUGGUCCUAUUAGGAAAUGUAAGCCACAGCCAGUAAAGUUCCAACAAUCCACAAAGCUACUGUGGAGGAGUGGAACAACAUUCCACAGGCCAGCACUCACACUGCUGUGAACUCCAAAUGAGCAGAUGAAAAUCUGAACUUCUGUUGUGCUGCCUUUCUGCCACUUUAACGCUUCACAUGCACUCUUUGCUAUUCAAAUUUAUUCUCUAAAUGUUAAUUGUUGUCAUAGAAAAGUAUUGCAAUGCUUUGCUGAAAGUUAUACAUUUUUUUUGUAAAGUACUGAAUUAUGUAUUUUAAAUCUUUGUUCAGUAAAUAUAAUAUAUAGCAGAUUAUAUUUGUUCUGUGGUUUGCUGCAAAAUCACAUUAAAUCAAAACUCCAAAUUUAUGGGUAAAAUACAUACUGAGAUGUGACUAAAUGACUCCUGAGACCAGAGAGGUAUUAAUUUUAUUUUUAUUUCAAACUCAACAGUUAGUGUUAGAAUCAUAAAAUGAAUACCAAUGAGCAGUUUAUUACACUGUAAGAUUAACUUUAUAACUACUGCUGUCACAAAAGGGAAGCAUGCAAAGAAAUAUGGAUUUGUAUAUUAUUUUGUUGCUAAUAAAAUGUUAUCCAAC